UAGGGGGGCAGCAGUGUGACCUCACGCCCGUGGAUGUGUCACACACUCACUGUGCGUCCUGUGGGCGGCUCCUCCCGCUUCCUGUGCUGUGUUAUGUGCUCCGCUCGGCCCCCGUGUGGUUGUGUCUUGUUGUGUUGUUGUGUCUCAUGUCGUCUCCUCCUCUGCUCGCCCCUGUAGUCGGGGGAUCCCCGGGACUUCUCCUCCCCCGGGACCCGCCACCCCGAGCCUGGAGCCCCCGGGACAAAUGCAGCUACCUGGGCCUGUCCCACGGAAACCUGCGGGUCCACUACAAAGGACAUGGAAAAACGUCAAGAGAUGCUGCGUCAGUGCGGGCUACGCAUCCUAUUCCAGCAGCAUGUGGCAUAUACUACUUUGAAGUGAAAAUUAUAAGCAAAGGGAGAGAUGGAUAUAUGGGCAUUGGGCUAUCCACACAGGGUGUCAAUCUAAACAGACUCCCAGGUUGGGAUAAGCAUUCCUAUGGAUAUCAUGGAGAUGACGGACAUUCAUUUUGCUCUUCUGGAACUGGACAACCAUAUGGCCCGACAUUUACAACUGGUGAUGUCAUCGGAUGCUGUGUUAACUUAAUCGACAAUACAUGCUUCUAUACUAAAAACGGCCACAGCCUAGGUAUUGCAUUCACAGAUCUUCCGCCCAACCUAUACCCAACAGUUGGACUUCAGACUCCUGGAGAGGUGGUUGAUGCCAAUUUUGGACAGAGUCCUUUCGUUUUUGACAUAGAAGACUACAUUCGAGAGUGGAGAACUAAAAUUCAGGCACAGAUUGAGAGGUUUCCUGUUGCUGGUGACUGGCAGUCUAUAAUACAGAGGAUGGUGUCGUCUUAUCUUGUACAUCAUGGCUACUGUUCUACAGCAGAGGCCUUUGCCAAGUCCACUGACCAGACUGUUCAGGAAGAACUUGCCUCCAUUAAAAACAGACAGAGGAUUCAGAAACUGGUGCUGGCAGGAAGAAUGGGAGAAGCUAUUGAAACCACUCAGCAGUUAUACCCCAACCUGCUAGAGAGGAAUCCCAAUCUUUUCUUUACCCUAAAAGUUAGGCAAUUCAUAGAAAUGGUGAACGGGACCGACAGUGAAGUGAGAUGUCUGGGAGGUCGCAGUCCUAAGUCACAAGACAGUUAUUCCGGUUCGGAUAGCAAUUGCAGUAAUGGUGUAAUAUCAAACAAAAGUCACCAGUCCCACAGUCGUAGUAAACACCAGCCUUCCAGCCUUAAUGUAACAGAACUGAACAGUAUAAACAUGACUAUGUCACAGCAAAUUAACAGCUACACCAGCAAUGAUGUAGAAAUGGAGACUGAUCACUACUCCAACGGUUUUGCUGCUGCUUCAUCUAAUGGAUUUCUCAAUGGUAGCACAAAGCAUGACAAUGAAUUGGAAGAAUGUGACACUGAAAUGGAGGUCGAUUCAACUCAGGUGAGACGCCAACUGUGUGGAGGAAGCCAGGCUGCCGUUGAGAGGAUGAUAUGUUUUGGGAGAGAACUGCAAGCCAUGAGCGAGCAGCUAAGGAGAGAACGUGGGAAAAACGCCACUAACAAAAAUAUGCUGAAGGAUGCAUUUAGUUUACUUGCAUACUCUGACCCCUGGAACAGCCCAGUUGGUUACCAGCUUGAUCCUAUACAGAGGGAGCAUGUGUGCUCCUCUCUUAAUAGUGCAAUACUAGAUAUUCACAACCUGCCAAAGCAGCCGCCCCUGUCCCUGGCUUUAGAACAAGCUGCGCAGUGUUUAGAGAUGAUGGCCCACUCAGGCAUCGGUUCCUGUGCUUUUGCUAGGUUAAGUGAUUACUUACAUUAGCUAUGCAGUAGAAGUCAACAGACUACAUGCAGUAUGGAAAUACUGUAAGACACAUAGACCAGCUCUAGUUACUUGGAACUCAUCCGUUUCAUUUAUUACGUUUGUAAUAAGCACGUCCCUAUCAUUUGACUUAAAUAGCCUUUUUUCCUUCCUUUUAAAAAAAAUAUUAUUUCAUUGAGUUUUUAAGGAUGUUGCUAUGUUGUUCUGGUUUGCCAUACCAGCAAUAAUUUGAUUUGACUAUAUUAAUCUAUGUUAAUCCUCUUACAAUACGUGAGGUACAGUGAAGAAUAACAAAUCACAGGGCGACGCUAACAUACAAGCAAUGUGCUUGCAGCAGUUCUGUGAUAUAUAUUUUUUUUAUAUUCUAUUAUUUUGGGAUGCAUUAUAGACACUUAAAUGCUGUGCUGAAGAAUCCUUGUGACUACAGGCUGCGCCCUGUUUUCUUUUGUCUUUAUUUUAUUUGCACAGUUCAUGCCCUUCAGGUCCUGCUGUGUAUCUGCACGCACUGUGACUGAGAUCACAGGACAUAUGUGAUACUUUUCUAAGGCUGCCAGUGUACAGGUUGUGUAUGGCAUGUCUCAUGUAGACAUCAAUCUGCUUUUGUUUCCCCCCCCCCAGAGGGCACAGUUAAAGGGGACUGACAUACACUGUAGACUGCAGUGUCCCACCAAUGUCAUGAAACUUGAAAUGCCCCAAAAGGAGUGUUGUUUCCCCCCCCCCUUUUUUUUUAAUCUGCACCCCAACCCUCUAGUCCCAGGGCACGUUGAUACGGCCAGCUUCAACGUUUGUACUUGCUAUGGGCUGUGUCAUUGUUUUUUCCUGUUGUGUGAUAAUCUCUUUAUUGUAACAUGUCAGCACAGCGUGUGACGUGAAGAAUUCUUGACUCCUUCUGUAACAACAGGACGGCUUCUUCACACUAUAUUAAAUAGGGAUUGGUGUGUCUUUAAUCAUUUAUUUAUAGAAAAGAACCAAAUAUUUAGUCUUCUUCUAGGUAUCUUUAUUUCACCUUUGUACACUUUAAUUUUUAAGUGCUAAAAUAUUGAAUAAAAUGUAACUGUACUUAAAUUAAUCUGCCAAUAAAAAUUUAAUU